UAUGCUAGGCGUCUGUUUACGGCGCAUUUAUUGGGCCGUUUUAGCGCUGUUUGAAGUAAUCUAGUUCUAAUAAAUACAAGAAUAUCAAAAAAAGCAAAACGUAUAGAGACAGAUACUGUUAAUAUUGAACUUAUAUAAAAAAUAUUCAUCCAGGGACAAAAUCCAGAGCGGAAAAUGUCGAAAACGUUUGUAUGGUGAAAUGACCACUAAUGUAUCCUCUUAAAGCGACAAGGUUCUAUAGUGGCCUAGGAAAUUGGUUGACUGCGCCUAUUUACUAAAUACAAGCAGCCAAGCACUAAGAAUAAGGUCGAGGGACGAGGGAUCAAACCACGGCUUGUACCAAUGACUUUUUCGGAACUUAUGGAGAAAAUAUUUGACAUUUAAGUACAUGUACCUAAAUGAAAUCAUUGUACAGAACCUUGCACACACCUCCAAAGAAACUCAAAGGUACCCAUCAACAUACAGAUUAUUAUUUAAGUAUGAUUAGUGUACCUAUAUAAUGUAACAAACAUUUUACUCUAAAAUUAAAAAAAAAUUUUUUUUUUUUUCAAGUCAUCGGUGUUUUCUAUGUAUUUAAGUACCCUCAAGACAAGCCUUAUUGAGCUUACUGUGGGACUUAGUCAAUUUGUGGAAUAAUGUCCUAUAAUAUUUAUUUAUUUUACCUAAUACAUCAGGUGGACCGUGCACUUGUUUGUCACUGAUGUGGUAUUAAAAAAACAUGCAUAAGUACCAUUUAAAAGCAUUGUUUAUUUCCAACAAUUUCAUAGUAAACAAAAGCAAGGUAACCAGAGACGGAAGCAAGUCAUCUAGAAACACAAAAACUAGACACAAGAUACGGUUCGCAAGGGUUACCGUUACCCUAUUCCGUUCCGGGGUAACUUCCGACUGACAGGCACAGUUACUUUUACCUUAAUGUUGCUUAAUCCUGAUUGGGGAUUUGGGACGCUUGGGUAUCCUGACGAGGCAUUUAUUUUACAAUAAAACCAAUGAUAAGCAAACAAACAAAAAAUGGUGCCAUAUUUUUACACUAUUGGCAGAUAAGAAGUUAAGAUAUUUAAAAUAAGAUUUUUUUGCUAAUUUGUUACAAUACAACAUCGUUUUUCUACCCUUUUAUUAAUAAAUUAAUAAAAGCGUCACUAUAGCUAUAGCUUCACAUCGUCAUUGGCCACAGCAUCUUAGCAGACUAUAGUUGCUUCGAAUAUGGAGGUAUUUUGAGGAAGUAGUCUACAGCCCACAUCGACUGCGAUGACUGUAUGUUCACGGCACCAAUCAUGGGACAUUUAAGAGAAAAUUUGGAGUAUUUUCGAUAUUUCACCGACAUCUGUAAAAUUUCUACCGCUUUAUGCUUUAAAAGUUGAAUGUCCAAUUCAUUCUUAAUGUAUUCUAUGUAUUUAAUGAAAGGUACUGCAAUUGGUUUCAGUAUUAUUAACCACUUAAACCCACCGUUUUUUGCUUCGAUCAUGGGAUGUAUGGUGGCAGUAAUUUUCAAACUAAAUAAAAUCAAUGAAAAAUUCAACGUAAGCAGUUCUUUGGGUCUUGUUUAUGGUAAAACGUUGCCAGCGAUUAAAAACUGAUGGUAAAUACUUGUUUUACAGGAUUUGUCUAUGCCAUCCCAUUACUGGUGCCUGUUCUAUCAUAGGGGUGUUUACUAUAUAGACCAAUGGCCGAAUCUUGCCACAUCGAUCACAGAUGUGUCUAGACUCCUGGGGUGGUCCAGCAGCUCUGCAAACUCGUAAGCUAUAGCUUACCCGUUUUGUUCUACUAUUAUUGCCAGUGACAGUAGAUAUUAAAACUAAGUUCCAUGACAUGAUAAAGAAAUUACCUAAAUCGGUAUCUUAGAAUCUUGUUCUAAUAACCUAGUUUUUGCUGGCUACUGGAAUUCGUUACCGUUACGGUUCAUUGCAGUUGUUUAUCUUCGCAUUUUACUCAGACAACCAAAAAAUCACAAUCUUUAGAUUAUCAGAUAUAUUUCCCUCGUUUAAAAGUAUAUUAUAAGAUGUAUCACUGAUACAUACUUACAUUUUAAACUUUGUAGUCAGAAAUAUCCUUUCGACUCAAACAGCAUUGAGAUGACAAGUCUCAAGAUUUACCUCAAAGCAGCGAGUAAAAGAAAUUGAACAGUUAAUGAGGAUGUAGAAUCUUACACGGAAGCUAAUUAUUUAGAAGAUUGCUUCCUGCUUCCCUAGGCCUAGUAGAUAAAAGAGGCGAAUUAAUGUUUUUCUAACCAGUCUGAGGUUGAAAGUAGUAUUGGUGAUAUCAUUGGUGAAAACUGUUCUUUUAAUAAAAAAUUAAGGUGUGAAACAAAUGUAUUGUCUACCGCUUAUGGACGUUUAUGGACGCUUGCGUCUACAUAGGUGUCACACGUGCGUUGCUGAUCCUUCAUACGUUUCAAUAUGAACACAAAAAUAUGAACUGUGUGGAUUGUAAAGUGUUUCUACUACCACACUUAAAUAUGUGACUAUUUGAUCUGUAAGUGUGACAUCAUGGGUAUCAUCAAACGUAGGAUCCCACCUGGACCCCGUUUUACCUUCAAAUGUAUAUGUCUCCUGACUGCCUUAUUUAGUGGAAGCACUCUCAUGUUCAUUGUAUCAUCAAGGUCUAACAAUACCUUGUUCUUAAUAUCAGAAGACUAUGAGGAUUUGUAUGAGAACCAAGAUUAUAACGAAGAAUAUGAAUCUGAAAAUGCCAGUACUAUCCAUAUGGAGGGAUGUCGCAUACCUUUCAUGAACACAGUUGAAGAAUCUGUGCGGGAAUUCAUACCUUUAAACUAUCCCAAUGAUAUGGAAUCCUGUAAAGGUAAUCCUUUGGUGGAAUCAAAUAAGACUCACAUUUGGAUUAAAAUGGAAAAUAUAAAGUAUUAUAAAAUAGACGAUCCAAAUAACCUGAUAUGCUGUUACAAAUCGUUUUAUCGUCCAACCCAGAUAGAUGAUAUAACCGCAACAAAUAACGAUGAAAGAGUGAAAUAUAACAAAUGUAUAUAUUUUAAUGACACAAUAGAAGUUGCUCAUGAAUUUGUUAGAAUUAUUUGCGGAGAUAAUGAAACUGUAUUUGAUACUUUUCUUAUUUUUGCUCGCGAGAAAGAAGCCAGCAAAGAUUAUAAGGCUCAAAAAGAUUUACCUUACAACGUGUUAAUUUUAGGCAUAGAUUCUGUGUCGAGAUUAAAUUUCCACAGAACGAUGGCUAAAACGGCAGCUUAUUUGAAAAACUUGGAUGCCGUAGAGCUGUAUGGAUACAAUAAAAUAGGAGACAACACAUUUCCGAAUCUGAUAGCUGUGCUACUUGGGAAGAAAGAUACAGAACUGGAAGAUACAUGUCUUCCAAGUACACGAGCUUUUUUCGACAAUUGUCCCUUCAUCUGGGAGCGCUUCCAACGAGCUGGAUACUCGACCGCCUUGGCAGAGGACAACGCAUCCAUGGGCAUGUUUGACUUCGUGAAACGGGGCUUUGUGGGGUUUCCUACUGAUUACUAUUUUCACACUUUCAUCCACCAAGCUGAACAUCACGCUGGCACAAAUAAGGAUAAUCACGCUUUCCUCUGCAUGAAUGAAAAAUUCUUCUUCAAAAUCCUCCUGGACUAUGUCGAAGAUUUGGCAACAACUUUGAAGAGUAAACUAUUCGGAUUCUUUUGGGAAAUCACUAUGAGUCACGGUAGAUUAAACUAUCCAAUGGUAAUGGAUGAAAGUUAUACCAAUUUCUUUACCAAAAUGCAUGAUUCUGGAUAUUUGAAUGAAAGUAUUAUCAUCUUCAUGAGCGACCAUGGCAUGCGCUGGGGUGCAUUUCGUCAAACCAGGCAAGGAUAUUUAGAAGACAGACUGCCUUUUGUAUUUGCUUUAUUUCCGCCAUCAUUUCGUGAAAAAUACAGUUCGGCCUAUGCGAAUUUAAAAUUAAAUAGCCGUCGUCUAACCACACCUUUCGAUAUUCAUUCUACAUUACUUGAUCUUGUAACUUUAGAUAACAUUGAAAAUGAAAGAAUAAAUUUACGCGUCAACGAAAGUUAUUCAAAACAUCGUAACAUCAGCUUAUUUCUCCCUGUCCCAAGUAACAGGACAUGUAGGUCAGCAGAUAUAGAUGACCACUGGUGCGCGUGUCAUAGUAGAGUGCCUGCAUCUCGUGAAAGUUUGGAAGCCAAAGAAGCAGCUGAGUUUGUAGUGUCACAUCUGAAUGAUAUUCUCAAGGAUUAUCCUCAAUGCGUUGAACUGAGAUUGGCUGAGGUGAUAAGUGUUACUGAGCUUCUCUUGUCUGGAAGUGAUGAUUCAAAAUGGCGGGAGUUAAGCGUGGUAGUACGGACGUCGCCGGGGGGUGGUGUGUUCGAAGCAACAGUGGGGAGGGGAGCUGGACGCUGGUCGCUGGCUGGCGCCGUCAGUCGACUCAACUUCUAUGGUGACCAGAGCCACUGUGUGCCGCAUUAUCAACUGAAGCUGUAUUGCUAUUGCAGUUGAUUGGACAUGUAAAGUGAAAGUGUAGGGACGAUGAAACUAUGAUAACGUUAUAGUGGAAAGUGUAAAGAUAAUUGAAAGGAAGCACAGACGUAAGCCAAGUAAACAUAAAAGUAAAUGUAUAGAUUCCAAUUUAAAUACUAUUGUAGAUUUCUUUGGCAUCAACAGUAGAGGACGAAUUUUGACAAUUUUGGCUUUAAUUAAAGCCCAACCAGAAAUAUAUAAUCAUUCUCAAGAGGGCGCUGUUAUUCUCAUGUAUAGGGUGACAGUUCAGUUUAGUAUGAAAAAUUUAGUUCCAAUGAAAUUCCGCAAUAUGGCGCAUAAUCAUAUAUUGCUGGUCACUUGGUCAGGCUUUAACCAUUUUCUAAUAGCUUUACGAAAAUCCCAAUAUGCUCCUACUUACAAAAAAGCGUGGAAGAUACUUUUGGCCGUUAUUCUGUUCGCUACUGUUGAUGCUAAUAAGAUUGUACCUUCAUAUUAUUUAAUGCAAAUCCUUCCUGUACAUUAUUUUUUACUGGGAUUCAACCACCUGUGUAAAGUACUUUUAAACAAAAAGUUCGACGUGCAAUAUCAUCAAGUAUGCAGAGUAAAUCAGGUCGCGCGGGUCGCGUAGAGCCUUCUUACCAAGGAAUCCGAUCCUUGCCUAAUGGGCCGUGAAGCAAUCGCAAAAAACGUGUUUCUGACCUCCGCGGGGAUAUUUAGUUUAGACAGAGCUGACGAAUCUAUUUGGUUGAAAAAAUGUCAUUGUUAAAUCAUGGAGAAGACAAAAUGAAAGGUUGAAAACAGAAAGAUAAAAUCACUCACAUAUUAUUAAAUAUCGAGAAAAUUGUUGUUGACUUAAUCGAUAUGAACUAAGAUUUAAAUUGUUGGCAAGUUUACGUAGAUAAUUCAAUAAACAGAUAGAUAAUUUAGGAUAAUUUAAGCUAAAGACUAGAUAAAUGUUGACUUUAUAAUAAUAAAUGACUUAAGUGUAAACAAGUUGAUUAACCAAAUAUCCAAGAUGACUUGUUUGUCAAAUCUAAAAAAAAAUGUUACGAUUACGUACUUAAUCUAUGUUACAAUACACAGUUACCUACUCGUAUUAGGUUCAAGCCUCUCCUGUGGAUGUUCCCAAAGUUAGGCUUUAGCUUGUAUUCUAACCCACACCCUCACACAUAAAGGAAUACUCCUCUCUUUCAUUAACCUGUUUGAUAAAAUUAUUAAUUAAAUAUAUAUUCAGCAUCAAAAGUGGCGUAUCAGACUAACGGCCCGAUUCGAACUUUAAGAAUCGUCAAACAUUUGCUAAAGAUACGAUAUGAACUAGAUAUGUCAGUUUCAAAAGUGACGUUUCUUCAAACUUCGAACAAAAACCUCACUUUUGACAUUGACAUAUCCAAUCCAUAUGGCAUAUCUUCUUCUUCAUAUUUAAGAGCUGUGCUCUUGUCGGUGGAGCAAUCUCCAACUCGUCCGGUCCUCUGCCAACUCCUUAACCUUCUGGUAUGACACGACCUGAACCUUUUCUUUUAUUUGGUUGAAAUAUUUUUUCUCGGUCUUCCUCUUUUUCUCUUUCCCUCUAUUUUACCUUCUAUGGUGUUCUUAAGGUGUUCUUAAGGAACAGAUCGUAUCGUAGCAGAUAUCCAAUUAGUACCUACCAUCCUCUAUUUUCUUUUGCCUUUAUUAUAUUUCUUUUCUCUUUAAACCUAUCUAGAACUCUCAUAUUUGAUAUUUUUAUUGUCCAAUUAAUCCCUUCCAUUCUCAUCAACACCACAUUUCGAAGCUUUCCAAUCUUUCUUUAUCUCUUUGUGUCAGUGUCCACGUUUCGCAGGCGUAUAAGGCGAUGCUUCAGAUGGAGGAUUUAAUAAAAUGUUUUUAGUAUAUGGUAUGCUAGACCUAAUAUUUGAUGAGGUCUGUAAGUAAGUAGUCCCAAUAUUUUUUGUGUCCAUUUUUUUGCUUAAUGGGUCAAACACAUUUUAGAAAUAGUUCACUUCUAUGGAAAAUACAAUCAAAGCUAACGACUCUCGUAUAUAGAUGUCCCGUUUUUCUUAUUUGAGUCUCAAGUACUGACCAAAUGUAAAGGUAAAGGUGCCGCGUAAAAAUUAGCUUUAGGUUUAUGUCAACAGGAAAGACGCGAACGAGUUUGCAAAAAAAGGGGAUGAUCUUAUAUAUCCUGCCUGCUUACUUUCCUCGAGUCCUAAUACACAAGUUCAUUAGCCUCAUUCAUUGAGCUAAUUAUUAAUUAGUAGACGUGAGAGAGUGCAGUGGGCUCUGCUGAAAACGCGGACCACCGGCCGGGGGAGAUGCGCAAACGCAUGGCAUGUGCAAGAAAGAAUGGACGCGGCAUCUUAUAGUUACUCUGCACGAUGGCCCAGCGCUGGACCAGCGAGAUGGCCACGCGAUGGUUAUGGCUCCUCUACCAGCGCUGGACCAGCGAAAUGGCCAUGCGAUGCGAAUGGUUCAUCGUGUAGAGGAUCAUUAAGAUCUUUACUGUACAGGUUUCACGUGAAAAUUUAAUUAAAAGGAGCAUGAAACUAAACAUAAUUUAAAUUAAAGAAAACGAAUUAGCUUAGCGUGAAAUAAUUCUCAAAGCGCUAUCUAGAUUGGAUUUCAAUAUAAAUGGCAAAAAUGUAAACAAAUAUGGCUACUGAUUUGACUAGAAUUUUAAACGUACCUAUAUCGAAUUAGGUACUUAAUAUUUAAAUAUUUUUAACGAAGUUUCUUCAAAUUGAAAUAUUAAUCAAACAGAUAUUUUAAAUGAAAUAAGGUACGUUAAAAUUUCAAAAUACCAUCAGUAAUCAUUUUCUUAUUACAAUAUUGUUCUAUUAUGUAAAGCUCUUCAAAUUGAAUAAUGAUUGACUUAUCAAAUCAAACACAAGCAGGUUAUGAAUUGUACAUAUAAUCUUAAAGAAUACACCUGUUAAUAACCCUAUUUUAUUAUUUAUUUAUUUUACUCCUUAAUCAUUUAUUUAUUUUUCACAUAAUAUCUAAAAUAUCUAAAAAUUAGUGAACUUUAAAGUGGUUGUUCAUUUUAAUUCAACUUUUUUAAGUUGAAUUAAAAAGAACUACACAGAAGACAGAAUAAUGAUAAUGAUGUACUUAAUAAUGAUCAUUACACAACAUCAAGAUACCGCAUCCAACCUUCCUGUCUCCACGUCCCACCGGGCCACCUACACUCGGGUGUCUUAAAUUUCACGCGACUCGUGAAAACCAUAUCGCGGGUUCCGUUCCCGGCCGGUGUCGGGUCCCGACUGGUUCCACUACCUAGAUUUAAUGGAAAGUCUAUGACUACAUCGAGUGCAAAGUUGGUUAUAAAAGAUCUGGGAUAUGAGUAGGUAUAUAACUUAAAUCCCUACUACAUAUAAGGAUGUUACCUACUACAGUGUUGUGUAUUUAAUAGUACAUUACGAU